AAUAACUUAACCUAUAAAAUGCCAAUAACAGUCCAAAGUGAUGUCUUAAUGUAUUUUUUGACCAAAAGUUAAAAACAAAAAAGUGCACGAAAUUAUUUGAAAAGCAAAAAAUAUACAGUAAAAUUGUCUUUUACCAAGGUCAAUUACUUAAUUGAUUGAUUUUUUUUAAGAAACCCCCAUUACUUCAAUUAUCUGUUAAAUAUCUGUGCUCUCAGUGCCUUAUUGUGGAGUUUUUAUUUAUGUUAGAUUAGUAUAUUUGACAUUAAAUUAUACAUUACUACAAAAAAAUCAGUUAAGUCCACAAGUGAUAAUUGAUGUAGAGAUGGCAAGUUAAACAUCCAAAACAUUACAUAAAAUUAUAAGUAGAAAAAUCUAUACUUCAAGUUCUCCAUAAACCUUAACUUGACUUUCUUUUUAAAGUCCUGGUGGUUAAUUAUUAGGACUGAAAAUAGCAAUUUUAUAUCAUUAAGAAAACUUUACAUUUGAGAAGCUGGAACCAGAGGAUGUUUUUGGUAUUUUUAGCUUAAAAAAUGACUUAAAUGAUUAAUUGUUUUUUGAAAUUAUUGACGAUAAUUUUCGGUUGAUGGACUUAUCAAGUAAUUGUCUCGGCAGUAUUUAAUUAUCUGUUAAAUAUGUCUCCAUUGCCUGUUUUUACUGCUGUGUUUUAUAGCAGAGGCCAUAUAUUUAAUGAGUGUGGAUGUUUUUUAGGCUUUCUUCUACACUGGAAAAAAGGGAAAUAGCAGGUCUUUGAAUUUACAAAAAUGUAGUUAGCAUAUGUAACACAAUUCAUUCAUAUUCCUUGUGUAAACAUGGUUUAAUCAUGUAGACUUCAGUUGUUUAUGGGAAAUGUUGAAUAUACAAGUUUCUCUUGCGUUGAUAGAAAGUGAUUGAAUUGAAAAAUUGAAAUCGCUGUAAUUGAGUUUCGUCACCAACGGAAAUGGAAUAUAUUUAAAAAGCGCGGGGCCAACUGUCAUUGGUCACUCCGGAGCAGGAGGUGGCGCUAGUGCAUCAAUCAGCUGGAGGCCAACCGCCGCAAUACAAGAAGAAGAAGAAGAAGAAGAAGAAGCGUUAACCGCGUAAACUGAAGAUUGUCCAGCAACAUGUUUCCUCCAACAGAGACCUAACUACUGAACAAGUCCAUCAUCCUAUUUGCACAGAAUUUGAGUAAACAGCUUUGAGGAUGGGGACUGCUGUGAUCCUUAAGAUCAUCUUGACUGAUGGCAGCUGUCAGAGGUUGACUCUCUCCCCUGGACUCCCUGCAUCCAUUGAUGACCUCAUCGUUGAAGUGAAGAAACAGUGUGGACUUCAGGGAAAAAAUGGACUUCAAUUUAUGGAUUCCUUGUUUGGAAAUGAGUUCCUUAACCUCACCUCAGUUUCAGAAGUAGAAGACAAAGGUACUCUUGAAGUCAUUGAUAUGUCAAGGCCCACCACUAUGCAGCAUGAUGAUCAGAGGUCCACUGUUUUCAAUCCAGUCCUAAGACCCCAAGCAUUCACUUCUUCCCCUGUAAAUGACUCUUCGUCCCUGUCAGAUGGAUCUGUGGAUACAGAUAUACUGUCAUCGAGUGAGUCUACAAGCUCACGGUCCUCUUGGCCUGCUGUUUUUCAUGUGCCUAAGUUCACCUACGAUGCUGAAUUAAAACUUCAGCAAGCAAGAUUAGCUUAUAUUCAAAAUGGCACUGUACUUAUUCCAGAUCCCAAGUUGAAGUCAUCCAUCCUUGAUGGUUUAGUGCAGGAAAUUGUGCAGUAUAAAGUCUAUGUCAGUGAUAAAGAGAUGGAACAGGUAGCCCAGAGUCUUAUCAAGACACAUCCAUGUUUAACUGAGCAAGGGUCCUGCACUGGAUGUGGCGGAUGGAAGACCAGUUUAAAAUAUAAACUAUCUAAAACUGGGCUGCCCAGAGGUUGGCAGUGAACUCUUUAAAAAAACAAACCUGCAGGACAGUGCAGUGCAGCCUUUGGUGUCAAAAAGGCAAAGAGAGCUUGAGGUGAAUUUUUGCCCGACAUACCCAUCGGCAGAAACUGAGGAGAGUCUGGAGGCCAUGCAGAAAGCUCUGCUCUUAGAUGUAAAGAAGAGGAACAACAGAGAGGUUGUGGAACUCAAGAUGGAAAAGACUUUCGCACACAGAAGACAUGAAGUCGUUCGUGAUGUACCAAUGGUGGAGGAUUUCAUGGCUAGGUGGCCUGCUUUGUUUGAAGUCUGUGAGAUCAACGCUGAAUUCAAGAGAAUCACAACCGUCCCACUUCAACCCAAGUUCCUGUCUCAGCUGGACCACUACUCUGAUAACCUGACGAGGAUGUUCCAAAAGAGAGGAGGACAGCUAGGGGCAAGGCUCAAAACAAUCAUUGCACAAAUGGCUGAUUGUGAUGAUGUAGACGAGAGCGUAUCAUUAAGGGAGUCUGUAUCUACAUGGGUGAAGAUCCAGAGAACCUUGUGCGGGAAUAUGUGGGCAUGGAUGAAAACGCCGUCAAGGAGGCCAUUGAAGACACCACUGUUGGGAUUUAUGUUCUUAAAGAACAUGCUUCAAGUGAUGAACCUGAGGACAUUGGAACUGUCCUUGAAAGCAUCAAGGUGUUGCAAGAUCUGGAUAAUGUAGCAUUAGCUGUUGCUAUGCUGUUCGGACUCAUGUUUGCCCUGAACCUCGGCUACCCUGCUGACCUCCGCUUCACCUUUGAGGUAGUCCAAAAGGUUUUCAUGGAACUGGAUGGAGGUAAACUUUCUAACAAAGCACUCACUCUAAAAACUCUUUCAGUGAAAGGGUCAGAGACACUGCACUGCCAGCAAAAAAACUAAAAACCAAGGGACAUUUGAAUUGUCCUCAAAAGCAUCUCGGGUAUUGCUAUACCAUUUUGACUGCUUUUUCAUUUUCUUUUGUGAAUCCACUGUUGUAAGUUGACACUAUUUUCUUUUAUGAAUCAAUUAUGAAAACAGUUUAAAGAGGGUUUGUAACCAUUUUAGUUUGCUGCUCUGUCAACUUAAAAAUACAGCAGCUAUUUUUAAUUUGUUACUUUGAAUCCUCUUUGACAACAGCUUGUACAAGGUUUACAUAUCUGUGUUUAUUCCUCAGAGAAAACCUUUUUUUGGCAGGGUUGAUAUUUGUUUGUUUUUUUUAUUUGUAAAUCCACUUUGAAAAUACUG